AGGUUAUCUCUCCACACACAUUAGCUAUAAAAGAGUGUGAAGCACUAGAAUCAUAUAAUACUCUCAAGGUAGUUUUAGCAAUAGAAUACAAACCUUGGACAAAAUCUCCUAACCAUGAAGUGUUAGCUCCACUCAAAGUAAAUACUUUGCUUGCUGCUUAG